AGAUCUCAAUACUUUUCAGAUUGAAAAUGUUGGUGGGACGGAUUGGAUCCCUGAUCUCCUCUCCCUGUAGACGAGGAGUGCCUAGAUAUAUCCUUGAACCUAAACAAUACAACCGCACCAUUAUCCUUCUCUACUCAAAGGAUCGAGGAGGUGGACGUGGAGGUAAGGAGACCAGAGAGAAUAUGGGAUUCGCGGGAGUUAUUUUUCUGGUUGUUCCUAUCUCAACAUUUUGUCUAGGAAUUUGGCAAUAUAACAGACGUGACUGGAAAAUCAAGAAAAUUGAGGAACUAGAUUACAAAGUGAAGAAGUCUCAAGUACAAGAUCUACCCACCAGAUUAGAAGAUUUGUCAGAUCCUGAGAUGGAAUAUUUAAGAAUUAAAGUUCGAGGACAUUUUGAUAAUAGUCAAGAAAUAUAUAUUGGACCCAGAUCUCUUUUGGAUACCAGCGGAGGAACUUCAGGUGGUAUAAUAUCGUCAGGAGAUAAGGUUGGUUGGCAUGUCAUAACUCCAUUUGUGGUAGAGAAUGGACCAACUAUAUUAAUAAAUAGGUAUUGAUGAACACUACUUUAUUAAUGCUU